AUGUUUAGACAGGUUGGUUUUGCCAGUCGCUCUUUUUCAACGACAUCCAGACAGUUUGCAAAGAUUAAGGUUAAAAAUCCAAUUGUUGAAUUAGAUGGAGAUGAGAUGACCAGAAUCAUUUGGAAAUUCAUCAGGGAGAAAUUGAUUCGUCCUUAUUUGGAUGUAGAUUUAAAAUAUUACGACUUGGGUAUCUUGGCUAGAGACAAAACCAAUGAUAAGAUCACAGUUGAUGCAGCUAAUGCUAUCAAGAAAUACGGUGUUGGUGUUAAGUGUGCAACAAUCACUCCUGAUGAGAGUAGAGUGAAGGAAUUCGGUUUGAAAAAGAUGUGGCUCUCUCCAAAUGGGACAAUUAGAAAUAUUUUGAACGGUACUGUCUUUAGAGAGUCGAUCAUCAUUCCAAGAAUCCCCCGUUUGAUUCCAGGAUGGAAAGAGCCAAUUGUUAUCGGAAGACACGCGCACGGUGAUCAAUAUAAGGCUACUGAUUUGGUCAUUAGUGAGCCAGGUAAGUUAGAAUUAGUCUUUACCCCUAAAGAUGGAUCUCAACAAAAAUAUACUGUUUAUGACUAUCCAGCAGCUGGUGUUGGCUUAGCCAUGUACAAUACAGAUGAGUCGAUUAAGGGAUUUGCUCAUGCUUCAUUCAAGAUUGCCUUGAGCAAGAAAUUGCCUUUGUACAUGUCUACCAAAAACACCAUUUUGAAGAAGUACGAUGGUAGGUUUAAGGAUAUCUUCCAAGAAAUCUAUGAAGCUGAGUAUGCAAAGAAAUUUGAAGAAGCUGGUAUAUGGUAUGAGCAUAGGCUCAUUGAUGACAUGGUAGCACAGAUGAUUAAGUCCAAAGGUGGAUUUGUUAUGGCAUUGAAGAACUACGAUGGUGAUGUUCAAUCUGAUAUUGUUGCUCAAGGCUUCGGAUCUCUUGGCUUAAUGACUUCAGUCUUGGUUACUCCUGAUGGUAACGCUUUUGAAUCUGAAGCAGCUCAUGGCACAGUUACUAGACACUUUAGACUCUAUCAACAGGGUAAGGAGACUUCUACUAAUUCUAUUGCUUCCAUUUUUGCUUGGACUAGAGGUAUUGCUCAGAGAGGAAGGCUUGACGGCACUCAAGAUGUUGUGGACUUUGCAAACACUUUAGAAAAGUGUACAAUUGAAGUAGUUCAAAAUGAUGGCAUCAUGACCAAGGACUUAGCAUUGGCUUGUGGUAAGACGGAAAGAUCAGCUUAUGUGACUACUAUUGAGUUUUUAGAUGCUGUCGCUGAUAAAUUAAAGAACCAUUAUUAA